UGGAAAUGCAAUUCUUUAAAAAUAACUAUUUGUAGUCAAAUAGCAGGAAGCAGUUGCUAAUCCCCUGGGGGAAUAAUAGUUGGCCUCCCAUCUUCCCUUACUUAGACUUUUCACCUGUUAUACUCUGCUGUUUCUGGGGCAUGAGUGAGUAUGAGUUGGAACUGAUGGUCUGUUACUUAACCACCCUUUGGACUCUUAAAAUGCACUGAUAGUUUCUGCUUUGAUACAGUGUAUAGUAGAAUAUUUUCUACUGGAAAACUUGCAAGACUGUCACCAGGGUGGUAAUGGGACUAAACCCUCAAAAUCUAAGCAAAACAUCUAACAUGGUUGUUUUGUUGUAAUGAAAGCAUUAGGUUUCCACAUAUUGGUGGAAAGCUAUAACCACUUAAGUCCUAAUGUUGAGAUCUACUGUGCCAAAUAAGGAUGUUCUGUAUAUUCUGUUGCAUGCCUGUUCCAAUUGAAUUAUAAGGAGUUUUGCUUAAGUAUAGUGGCUUCCCUUAGAUGAGUCAUGCAAGUAUGAUAGCUAAUUCAAAGUGCAGUGGUUGCUGCUACUUUGUUGCCUUUUUCCCUGUCCUUAGUUCAUUAUAAUGAUCUUAAGCAUGGUUUUCUUCUAGUGUGUGUGCUACCUCAACUGAAAAGAAAACCAACUCAAUUCUUUUCUGUGUUUUGACUUAUAGUUAGAUGGUUAGCAUGUUAAUAACAAGUACUCAUAAUCAGUAGCAGACAACCAAUAAUUGCCUGCUCUGUGCAGAAUAUUGAAGGUUAUCAUCUUGAAAUAAUGACAACUUUUAUUCUGAGUGUUGUCAGGAAAAAAUUACUUAAAUGACCUUUCAUGAAGGGUGCAUGCUUUGUUGGUACACUUGAGCCUAUUGUCAGUGCUUUUUACUUGUGCUUCUUUCCUUGUUUCUGUAUCUUGCUAGGAAAAUACAAUUUUCAUUUAUAGCAGUUUGUUGCUUUGUAAAACUGUUAGAUAAUAAUGAAAUAAUGUCAGUUUUAUGUUACUACUCAAGCUUAAAGGGGAUUUGAAUUUCCAUAUGGUCCAAGUGGCUACACUUAAAGCGAAAAUGUUGAUGUUAGCAAAGUUUCCCAUCUUUUUUUUCCUUUUCAGAAGGUGUCUCCUAUGGACAUUGAGGGUGCUGCUGACAGGGAAAACAGGGCUGAAAUUGGGGGUUGGAAUUUUACUUGCAAUACUUGCAAUACAGGGAAGAUUACUUUGCCAAAGAACUAUAGAAAGAUUUAACUUCUGACAUUGAGUUUGUGAGGCUUAAUUAAAUUUAGAUGUAUUUUUGCUUUUUAGGAUUAGGGUGCCUAACACAAACUAAAAGCUCUUUAGGACUGUGUAUUAUGAGCUACUAUAAGGAAAGAUUUAAUACUUCUGAGAUGCUGUUCUCAAUAUAGGAGGAGCUACAGGCUGCUUGAGAUUUUAUUUUUGAACUUGACCUGUUUCUUAUAUGUUGGUUGUCAUUAGUUAAAAAUGACUAAGAUUUGAGGACUUUUUUGGGGGAGAAUUUCUGUCAUUGUUGAUGCUUUUUGGCAUUGGCCAUCCAUAGUAUAGUUCUUUUUGUAGAGUUCUAUAUGGCUUUGUCUGUCACUCAGAGUUGAAUUUGAAAUAUUACUUGUAAAGGACUUUUCUGGCUGGUUUUAUAGAAUUGUUUGUGCAUUAAGGUUUACGAUUAGUGUAGAGCUUUGUAUUUAGCUAAUCACUGGAUUUCAUUUCUUCACACAAAAUCUUCUCACCUUUAUAGAUAUUCUACAUAACUGGAAGGAUUUAACAAAGGAUUAGCUGGCAAAGUUUUUAAAGGUAGUUUUUUUGUGGGUUCUUUCCCAGCCACCAGCUAACUAGCAACAGUGCCAGUAUACAGGCAAAGGAGAUCUUUUGUGUUUCCACUCAUUUUUAAUCCAAGAAAUUGUUGCUCAAAAAGUACAUGUGGGACAAAGCCUAUUAGAUUUGGAGACUGAGUUAAAAAAAAAAGUCUCGAAUGUUCCAAGCCAUCUGUUGAGACACCUUAGUCUACUAGACUUUCAAGAAAAGAAACUUUCCUCAUCUAAUUUCCCAUUCUAGAAAUUUCUGUUCUCUUAGCAGACAGAUAGCUGAGACAUCCCAGUUUGGGAUAAAACUUUGGUUAAAAAGAAGCAACAGUCCUUUUUGAGGAUUUAUGUAUAUGGUACUCUAUUUUGUUUUUGUUAAAGCUUCUAAUUGUUCUGUAAGGUAGUCUUACAGAAUUUGAAAAAAUGCAUUUUUAUUAACUUUCUAGUCCCUUGCUUCUGUUUUCUCUUGUAGAUUAGCCUUUCCCUAUAGUAAAGAUGACAAAAACUACACUGUAAGUUUUUGGUUUUGGCCAAGAAGAAAGUGAGGUAUAAAUUGCCUUGCUGAACAUUUUGCUUGAACAUUAGAUACUGAAAUCCAAUGACUGGUUAGUUGGGGUAGUCUCUCCCCACCACGAGCAGUGAAUUCUAAACUGUAUUGUGGUAUUAAAGGCAGCUGAGUCACACGUGGCUUAUUUUAAUCUUAGCUAUUCCUUGGGGGAUGAAGUUCUGGUAGAGAGGUAAGUUAUCUGUCACAUGUUAAAUCACAGCCAUGCUUUAGUGUGUCCUUGUAGUAAUUUUCUAGAUUAUUUGGGGUCUGGAAAGCUGCUCAUUCUUGCAGUUGUCUUCAUCUGUUUACUUGAGGUUCCCUCCCUUCUGUUGUCUAUGAGAUGCAUAUUUUUGUGUUCUGAGCAUUGAGGAGGAAUGCUCUAAAUUGUCUUCCUUAUUCUGUAUGUAAAUCAUAGUCUGGAUUCUAAAAUAGUUGGAAAUGAUUUUUGAGAUACAUUGUCCUUUUAGCUUUGCUUUCUUUUUAGUGGUUGUAGCUGUAUCUUAAGAACAAUUGACUCGACUAUGCCUUUCAUUUUUGUCUUAAAAGGUUUUGUCAUAGUGAAAGCUUAGUUGUCUGGGGAAUGAGCACUGGCUCUUCCCAUUUAAUAAACGGAGUCCAUGGUAUUUGCCUAGGCAUCUACAGAAAUUUUCCUGAGCUGGGAGUUCCUGAUUUUAUCUUUGUUUUUAAUGUGCCUUUUACAUAUUGUUUCUGCUUUUUCUUGGUCUCCUGUUUGAUUUUGCCUUGGCUCUUGCCAGUGUAGCCAAGAAAGCUGUGGAUCUUUGGCACCUUUUCUGCUCUUAGUAAUUUGUUGUCGCUUUUGUUCUUAGUUCCUUUUGUUUGCUCUUGAGUUUUGUAAGAGGUCUCAACAUACAUUAAAAACUAUCUUAGCCAUUUUCUGUCCAUUAGCUAGUCUUUUAGAUUUUUUCCUACCUUCCAAGCUUGAAACACAAGAUUAUCCUUAACUAUUUUAUUUUUGUCCCUCAUUCAACAAACCGUAACUUGAAGUUAAAUAAAUUUUUUGGGGUUUUGUUUUGAUUGUUGCUUGACUGGAGUAGACUAGUUUUCAUAGUUAACUAAAGUUCUUUCCCACUCUAUGUAGUAAAAUUCCCAAAUGUAAUACUUGGGUAGUUCUUUAAACAAUCUGACUUUGACACCUUUUAGGGGAGUGGAGUUAGAUAAUUCUUGUGGAAGAACUAAUUGAUGUAAGUUGAAGCAAUGAAACUAUUAUACCAGGUAUACUCAAUUCCUGCCAUCACAUAUGUUUUCUUAUCUUUGGAAGAGGAUUGGUCUCCUUGGCCAUUUAUCUCACAGAAGCUUAUUUAUUUUUAAAGCUUCUCAAAAAAGUAUACAAAUUAAAACUUUUGACAUCUGCGUGUAGGAAUCCCGUUCUGCUUCCAGAAGUGGAAGUGCUCACGGAUCGGGGAAAUCUGCACGGCACACACCUGCAAGAUCUCGCUCCAAGGAAGAUUCAAGGCGUUCUAGAUCAAAGUCACGGUCCAGAUCUGAAUCCAGGUCUAGAUCCAGAAGAAGUUCUAGAAGGCAUUAUACAAGGUCACGAUCACGAUCCCGCUCCCAUAGACGAUCUCGGAGCAGGUCUUACAGCCGAGAUUAUCGCAGGCGGCACAGCCACAGCCAUUCUCCCAUGUCCACUCGAAGACGUCAUGUUGGGAAUCGGGCAAAUCCUGACCCCAACUGUUGUCUUGGGGUGUUCGGAUUGAGCUUAUACACCACAGAAAGAGACCUAAGAGAAGUGUUCUCUAAAUAUGGCCCCAUUGCUGAUGUGUCUAUUGUGUAUGACCAGCAGUCUAGACGCUCAAGAGGAUUUGCCUUUGUAUAUUUUGAAAAUGUAGAUGAUGCCAAGGAAGCUAAAGAACGUGCCAAUGGAAUGGAGCUUGAUGGACGUCGAAUUAGGGUCGAUUUCUCUAUAACAAAAAGGCCCCAUACCCCAACACCAGGAAUUUACAUGGGGAGACCUACUUAUGGCAGCUCACGCCGCCGCGAUUAUUAUGACAGAGGAUAUGAUCGGGGUUAUGAUGACCGGGACUAUUACAGCAGGUCAUACAGAGGAGGUGGUGGAGGGGGAGGCGGAUGGAGAGCUGCUCAAGACCGCGAUCAAAUUUACAGAAGACGGUCACCCUCUCCUUACUACAGCCGUGGAGGAUACAGGUCACGUUCCCGAUCACGGUCAUACUCUCCUCGUCGCUAUUAAAGCAUGAAGUUGAAAACUUUCUGAAACCUGCCAUAGAGCUGGGAUAUUGUUUGUGGACAAUAUUUUCUAUUGUCUCCUGUUUAAAAAGUGAACAGUGCCUAGUGAAGUUAGGUGACUUUUACACCUUUUAUGAUGACUACUUUUGGUGGAGUUGAAAUGCUGUUUUCAUUCUGCAUUUGUGUAGUUCGGUGCUUUGUUCAAAGUUAAGUGUUUUCAGAAAAGUAUGUUUUGCAUGUAUUUUUUUACAGUCCAAAUUUUGACUGCUGAGAAGUUUCUAUUGUACAAAACUUCAUUUAAAAGGUUUUUCUACUGAAUCCAGGGUAUUCUGAAGAUCGAAGCCUGUGUGUAAAAUGCUACCAAAUGGCAAAAAGCAACAAUAAACAAGUUUGAUUUUUACUUUUCUUUCUAAAUAUCAAUGCUUAACCAUUCUUAAGUUUCCAGUAAAAUAUUUUAAAAUAAAGAUACUUGUUUUCUUUCGGGAGUCCAUGAAA